CUCCCCGUGGCGCGAGCGGCUGAUACCGGAGGGGAAACGGCAUUCGGCGCCGCACUCCCGCCCAGGCUGGUCCUGACGCGGGCUUCUUCAGCCGGUAACGGGGAGCAAAGGUGGGGAUCAGGGAGGCGACCACGAAAACGGUGAAGGUCAGAGCCCAGAGGCCUUUUCCGAGAACGGCAGGAGCUGGGAGGAGGCGCCGGCAGCAGGAGCAGCAGCGGCGGCAGCAGCUGGGAGGAGGUGGUGACGGUGGCAACGGCAGCGUCGGGGACGAUGGCGCGACUGGUGGCAGUGUGCAGGGACGGGGAAGAGGAGUUCCCCUUCGAGAGGAGGCAGAUUCCCCUCUACAUAGACGACACCCUCACGAUGGUGAUGGAAUUUCCUGACAAUGUAUUAAAUCUUGAUGGCCAUCAAAAUAAUGGUGCACAACUAAAGCAGUUUAUUCAGCGACAUAGUAUGCUUAAACAACAAGAUCUAAGUAUUGCCAUGGUGGUGACGUCACGUGAAGUCCUGAGUGCACUCUCUCAGCUUGUCCCGUGUGUUGGUUGUCGUCGCAGUGUGGAGCGCCUCUUUUCCCAGCUUGUAGAGUCUGGAAAUCCUGCCCUUGAACCCCUGACAAUAGGGCCCAAGGGAGUUUUAUCUGUAACUCGAAGCUGUAUGACUGAUGCAAAGAAACUUUAUACAUUAUUUUAUGUACAUGGGUCCAAACUAAAUGACAUGAUAGAUGCUAUUCCAAAAAGUAAAAAGAACAAGAGAUGUCAGUUGCACUCCUUAGAUACGCACAAACCAAAACCUUUGGGUGAAGGGAGCAGUAGCAGUGUCAGUUCAGAGAAGUUAAGUACAGAUAAGAGAAGUAGUGAAGACCACAGGAAGGACAGCAAGUGUAGGAUCAUUUUGCAUUAUGGACCUUUCCAGGGAACAGCCAGAGGUUGUUGGAUGGACGUAUGGGAACUAAUGUCCCAAGAAUGCAGAGAUGAAGUAGUUUUAAUUGACUCUAGUUGUCUUUUAGAAACACUAGAAACAUAUCUGCGAAAACACAGGUUUUGCACUGAUUGCAAAAAUAAAGUCCUCCGAGCAUACAAUAUCCUUAUUGGUGAACUUGAUUGCAGCAAAGAGAAGGGCUAUUGUGCUGCACUUUAUGAAGGUUUGCGGUGCUGUCCACAUGAACGACACAUACAUGUUUGCUGUGAAACGGACUUCAUUGCACAUCUUUUGGGUCGUGCUGAGCCAGAGUUCGCAGGAGGGUAUGAGCGAAGAGAAAGGCAUGCUAAGACAAUAGAUAUAGCUCAAGAAGAAGUUCUGACCUGCUUGGGAAUUCAUCUUUAUGAAAGACUGCAUCGGAUCUGGCAAAAACUACGAGCAGAAGAGCAGACGUGGCAGAUGCUUUUUUAUCUUGGUGUUGAUGCUUUACGUAAGAGUUUUGAGAUGACCGUGGAAAAAGUACAAGGGAUUAGCCGAUUGGAACAACUUUGUGAAGAAUUUUCAGAGGAGGAACGAGUAAGAGAACUCAAGCAAGAAAAGAAACGCCAAAAACGGAAAAAUAGACGAAAAAAUAAAUGUGUAUGUGACAUUCCUACUCCCCUCCAAACAGCAGAGGAAAAGGAAGUAAGCCAAGAGAAGGAAACAGACUUCAUAGAAAACAGCUGUAAAGCCUGUGGCAGCACUGAAGAUGGUAAUAGUUGUGUAGAAGUAAUUGUUACCAAUGAAAAUACAUCAUGUACCUGUCCUAGCAGUGGCAAUCUUUUGGGGUCCCCUAAAAUAAAGAAAGGCUUAUCUCCACACUGUAAUGGUAGUGAUUGUGGAUAUUCAUCUAGCAUGGAAGGGAGUGAAACAGGUUCCCGGGAGGGUUCAGAUGUUGCCUGCACUGAAGGCAUUUGUAAUCAUGACGAACACGGUGAUGACUCCUGUGUUCAUCACUGUGAAGACAAAGAGGAUGAUGGUGAUAGUUGUGUUGAAUGUUGGGCAAAUUCCGAAGAGAACAACACCAAAGGAAAAAAUAAAAAGAAGAAAAAGAAAAGCAAGAUGUUGAAAUGUGAUGAACAUAUCCAAAAGCUUGGAAGCUGUAUUACAGAUCCAGGAAAUCGAGAGACCUCAGGAAAUACCGUGCACACAGUGUUCCACCGUGACAAGACCAAAGAUGCACAUCCUGAAAGCUGUUGUAGCUCUGAAAAGGGUGGGCAGCCACUGCCUUGGUUUGAGCAUAGAAAAAAUGUACCACAGUUUGCAGAACCUACAGAAAUGUCACUUGGUCCUGAUUCCGGAAAAGGUGCCAAGAGCUUAGUUGAACUCCUUGAUGAGUCUGAAUGUACUUCAGAUGAGGAAAUCUUUAUCUCACAAGAUGAAAUACAGUCAUUUAUGGCCAAUAACCAGUCUUUCUACAGCAAUAGAGAACAAUACCGACAGCAUCUGAAGGAGAAAUUUAAUAAAUACUGCCGCUUAAAUGAUCACAAGAGGCCCAUUUGUAGUGGCUGGUUGACAACGGCUGGAGCAAAUUAAAUAAAUAAAAUAGCUCUGUCUUUCAAUGAAACACUCAA